UUCAAACUUCCUACCCCUAUAUAAGAGCAAAGUCCACUCACCAACUGCAUGCGCUUCCUUCAUUUCCAGUCUUCUUUAGCAUAGAACUUAUAGAGCAUUCACGCAUAUAGAAAAAGAGAGAAUCUUGAAGCCUUUAAUCUGGUGUGUGCAUUUGUUGCUGAUUGGCAGGUGGACCAUUCUGAUAAUCGAGUCAGAUAAAAAUGAUGAUAGAGAGAUCAUUGAGUUUCAAGAACUGGGAUUCUAAUCAAGAAAAGGCUAAAGCAUCUGCAAAUUUGGACAAAUUUCAAGCAUCAAUCCGCAUAACAAAACCCACAAUAAAAAUCCCUGAGCCCAUUGUGUUCUUUUCUCCAAGACCCAUUAGUGAGCUUGAUGCUGCUGCAACUAAGCUCCAAAAAGUUUAUAAAAGUUAUAGGACUAGGAGGAACCUUGCAGAUUGUGCAGUUGUGGUUGAGGAGCUCUGGUGGAAGGCCUUAGAUUUUGCAGCUUUGGAAAGGAGCUCAGUGUCAUUUUUUAACAUAGAGAAGCAUGAAACUGCUGUAAAAAAAUGGGCAAGGGCGACAACAAGGGCUGCUAAGGUUGGAAAAGGGUUGUCCAAGGAUGAGAAGGCUCAAAAAUUAGCCCUACAUUUUUAUCUAUUACAGAUUGAUCCACGCCACCGGUAUGGACACAAUUUACAUUUUUACUAUGAUGUUUGGACUGAUAGCAAGAGCACUCAACCUUUCUUUUACUGGUUGGACAUUGGUGAUGGGAAAGAAAUAAACCAUGAGAAGUGUGCCAGAAAUGUUCUGCAACGCCAAUGCAUCGACUAUCUUGGACCAAAAGAGAGGGAAACAUAUGAAGUGAUUGUGGAAGAGGGGAAGCUUGUAUACCGCAAAACAGGAAUGCUGAUUAAUACUACGGAGGGCUGUAAAUGGAUUUUUGUGCUGAGCACAUCAAGAACACUGUAUGUAGGGCAGAAGAAGAAAGGUGUUUUCCAACACUCAAGUUUCUUGUCAGGAGGAGCUACAGUAGCUGCUGGAAGAUUAGUAGCUAACGAUGGAAUUCUUCAGGCAAUAUGGCCAUAUAGUGGUCAUUAUCUGCCAACUGAGGAUAAUUUCAAAGAGUUCAUCAGUUUUCUUGAAGAGCAUAAUGUAGACCUGGCAAAUGUUAAGAGGUAUGCAGUAGAUGAUGAUGCUGCUUCAAUCAAAAUAGCUGGUGAGGUUGAUGGGUCAAAAGUUAUUGAGGUUGAUGAGUCUAUUCCUGAUACAAACAAUCAUCAAGAAGCUGCCAAGUUAGAAGCACCAUUAAUGUUUGACAUGAGCAAGAGGUUGUCAUGCAAGUGGACUAGUGGGCUUGGUCCUAGAAUUGGGUGUGUGAGGGACUACCCACAAGAGCUGCAAUUUAGGGCACUUGAACAAGUCAACUUAUCUCCUAGGGUGGGUCCUGGCCCAUUUGAAAGCUGCGAACCAAUCCCUUCACCAAGGCCCAGCCCAAGGAUUCGAGUCUCACCUAGACUCGCAUAUAUGGGACUGCCUAGCCCAAGGGUAUCAGUUACCCGUUGAUUCGGUUAGAGCUUGCUGGACUUUGGUGUUGUGCCCUUAAUAAUAGGUGUGAAAUAGGAAAUUGACAUAGCAUUCUUUGUUCUUUCAAUAAUUGUUAACUUGACCAUAUUUUUGUACAUAAAUGAAUCAACUAUUGAAUAAAUAAGUUCCCUUUUUUUGAUAAA